UCAAUGACAUGGAUUUUCUUAGCUUCUCUUCUUCUUCUCUCAAGCUUAUCAGAAACCUCUUAUGGAGGCAUUCUAUUAUCCUCUCUGCCCAACACUCUUGAUGUCGCUGCUUCCCCUCACCAACCAGACCAGUUUAACACACCCAACGGGACAUGGUAUAUGUCCAGUAAUAUAAAAGCCGGAGAAGAUAAACUCGGCGUUAGAUGGUCUCUGAAUAAUAGGACUUUCCCAGUUGGAACCGAUGCGGCGUAUAAGACGGUCACCGUGAAGCUUUGCUACGCGCCGAGGAGUCAAGUGGGCCGGCCGGAGAGGAAGACGGAGGACGACCUCGACAAGGACGAGACAUGCCAGAUAGAGUUCUAUACUGGACACUACAACCCCUCUAACAAGUGGCCGUACUACGAGUCGACAUUGGAUGGCCACGUGCCGGCCGCCUUGUACUUCCUACGCGCCUACGCAAACGACUCCGCCGGAGUUGUGGUGGCUUAUGGUGAAAGCACGGGACCGGACAGAGACUACAACAUAUUUGAGGUCGACGCAACUGAGCCAACAGAGGCAAGCAGCGGAAGCCGCAAGACGCUCGAUAUUUGCUUCGGUUCUUUCUCCGCUUUGCUGUUGGUUGGGUUUUUUUGUUGCUUAGAAGAUAAUUAAGGGCUAAGUCUGCCCAUAAGAAAUAAAGGAAAAUUCAAUAUUGUAGCUAGGCUACGCCUUGCCCUAUUUUCCGUUUAUGGCAUUGCCAAAUUAAAGA